AUGGCCGAACAAUCGGAUCUGACUCUUUUUGUCAAGGUACUUUUCGUUUUGGAAAGUGCAUCUUUUUGUUGGUUUUUCGAUGUUAGCAGGGGGCUGACCGUUUCUUUUGUACCUUCCAACAGGCCUCGACGAUAAACGAGUCCGAUUUCGGCGCCGAUGUAUUUGCUCAGAGGUUUAUGAUGAUGCUGGUUUUGAAAGAUCUCUCGGUCAACAUCGAACUCGUCGAUGCGAUUAAGAGCAGGACAAUGAAGAAGUUACCUGCUCUAAAGUUCAUGGAUAAUGACUUGAUCGAGGACCCAGGCGAUAUCGAGAAUUUGAUCAAGCGCAUGCCAGACCAUCCUCUUGAAUGUACAAAUGAUGAAGUGAAUGCACUGGUUUCCAAGGGCUGUGGAAGCAGAGUGUACCACAAGUUCUGCCAACUAGUCAAAAACGCAGAUCCAAACACUGAUGAUAAGCUCAAAGCAAAUUUAAAGGAGGAGCUUAAAGCUCUGGACUCGUUUUUAAGGUCUGAUGCUAUGCCGGGAAGAUUUCUGGGCGGCGAUUGUCUGCUCAUUCCGGAUUGCAUCUUGCUUCCCAAGCUCUUGCACAUUAAAGUCGUCGCUAAAGCCUUCAAAGACUUUGAAAUUCCCGAAGAAUUUGAAGGCAUUCACCGAUACAUGGACGCAGCCAACGGGAAAGACUUGGAAAAUCCUGAUAGUAAUGUAGAGGCUUUUACUAGGACCUCACCGUCAGAGGAAGUGAUCGUAGAUGCAUGGGCCCGUUCGAUGAAAGUUCCAAACCCUUUUCAGCACAAGAAAAAGAAAACACCGUCCACUUCAUGA